UGCGGGGUGAGUGGGAGAGUUGCGGGGCGGUCCCGGAAGCAUAAAUUCCACACGUAUCCCACAAUGUGAAUCGUCAAAUCCUACCGCAAAGACCAUGUCCACAUCUCGCGUCACACUCAUCCCGCGGGGUGCAAUCCUGCAAGCGCUCCGCGUCGGUCCCAGCAGCCGGAACAUAGUGCUCAACUUCAACACGGCGGCGGAGUACGCGCACAACCCGGCGCACUUUGGCGCGACCAUUGGCCGCGUCGCGAACCGUAUACACAAUGCAGUCGUCAAUGUCGCCGGCCAGCAGUGGGCCCUCGAUGUUAACGAUGGGAAGAAUACCCUCCAUGGCGGAAAGAUGGGAUGGGGCACGAGGGCUUGGGAGGAAACGGAGAAGGGAACGUUUGUGCUCACCAGUGAGCACAAGGAUCAGGGGUUUCCCGGAGAGGUCAAGGUUAAGGUCAUCUACACCGUGAUGGAGGGCGAAGGGGUGGGGGAGCAGGGGAAGACCGAGGUGGUCAUGGAUUAUGAAGUCGAGCUCGUUGGCGGCGCGGACGAGACGGUGGUCAAUAUGACGAACCACAGCUACUUCAACCUCUCCGGCCUCCCCACGAUCGAGGGCACAAUCGCCACGCUAGCGACAAACCAGCACCUUCCUCUCGACGUCGCCGGCAUCCCGAUCGACACCUCCGCGGCUCCGUACCCAGGGAUCAGCGCCAGCGUCCCCUUCACGCUCGGGCUCACCUCGCCCGACGUCGACGACUGCUUCGUCUUCGCGGACACUCACUCCUCGCCCUCCUCAAUCCCACUGGAUACACGGUCGCUCCCGCUGCGCACCUGCGCAACCUUCUCCCAUCCAGACACGAAGAUCCACCUGCAGGUGAAAAGCACCGAGCCGGCGUUCCAGUUUUAUACGGGGAAGUAUGUGGAUAUUGCGGAGAGGGAGGAUGGGACCCCCGCGAGAGUGCCCAGAGCGGGGUUCUGUGUGGAGCCUAGCAGGUUUGUGGACGCGGCGGCGAGGGACGAGUGGAAGGGUAUGGUGACCCUGAAGAAGGGCGAGGUAUUCGGGAGUAGGAUCGUUUUUACGGCGUGGCAGGAGUAGAGUGGGAACGGCUUGAGGGAGGUGGGGUUAUAGCUAGCGUAACUAUGUACGAAUGGAAUGGAUUCGGAAAGCUGAAGAAUGCAA